AUGAUCGAGUCUUUCUAAUAACAAUUUGAGUAGGUUUAUUCUGAAAACCAAGAAAGUAACAUCUAAUAUUAUAUUCUAGUCAUAAAAUAGUUAAACAAACUCAAGUAAAGUGCUAUUGAAAAAAAUCAAGAAAUAUAGAAAUUACAAUAUCUAUUUAAAGAAGUUGAAUAAGAAUAUUAACCAAUUCAUGAUAAAAUACAAUCAAUUAAAGAUUAAUUCUAAGAUUUUGAACUCAAUAAACAAUUAAUCUAUGAUUCUUUUGAUGAAUUGGAGAAUCUAAUCAUGCGUUAAUUUGCUGAAUAAAUAAAGUUGAAUAAAAAAACUAAAAAGACCUAAAAAAAGGAAUCUCCUUCAAAAGGUAAAAUUAACAAUGAAAAUGAUCAAAACACAAUCAAUCUAAGAAAACGAACAAUUAAAUUAUAAAAUUAUGAUGAAUAUUCUUAAACAAGUGAAUCUAGUUAACCAAUUAAAGUAACAAAAAAGAAAGUCAAAACAAAUACUGAAGCUUUAGAUAAAGCUAAUUGUCUAAUUAACGAGAUUUUUAAUUUUAAUUGA